AACUGGGUCACCCUGGACCUUGCUACUUCCUGGUUCUGGAGGCUGGGGAUGAGACAAUGGAGCUGUGGAAGCAGCUGAAGCAGGCUGGACUGGAGCCCCCAGGACUGGGCCCACCCCCUCGGGCCCUGAGGGCGGCCCCUCCAGAGGAGAGCCCUGACCAGACCCUCAUGUCCACAGGGGUGAGUCUUGGAGGCGCCAGCGAGAGCCUGCUGUGGAUCUGGCAGGAGCUGGGAAACCUGCGCCGAGUGGAUGUCCAGCUGCUAGGCCAGCUGUGCAGCCUGGGCCUGGAGAUGGGUGCCCUUCGGGAGGAACUGGUCACCAUCCUGGAAGAGGAGCAGGUGGAGAGCAGCGACUUUGAGGAAGAGGAGGAGGAAGAGGCCCAGGAGAAGCAGGAGGAGGAGCACUCUGGGCCCUCCGGGCCAGCCCCUCGCCUCCCCGACUUUGAGAUAACUAUCUGAGUGCACUUUGAGGUGCACACGCUUGCAAGAGAGAAACGAGAUUUACAGGUCAAAUCAGAUUUGGAAUCAACUUGCUCGCUGGCAAGCGCCUUCUCUGAGGAUGUCUGAGACGCAGGCGUUGGCCCUGCGCUGCGGGCUGUGGGCGCAGCGGUUGGCAGAUGGCCAGGCAAAUGCCCAAGAGCCUGUGGUGUGGGGGAGCCGCAGAGAUCUUCACAGAUGGGUUGAAGAUCAACACUGCCUGUGGGGUGGCUGCCAGCCCCGGGUGGCCAUGGAGCGCUGGCAACAUUGGAGAGCCCGGAUGGAGAUGUCUUGUGACUGUAACCUACACACCAGAUUUCCAAGGCCAGUAUGGUACAGGACAAGAAUCUCCGUGAUUUAAACAAUUGAUUACGUGGUGAACUGACAUUUUUAAUUUAUUGAUAUCAAUAUUACUGAAAUUAAACUUGCGUGUUAAGUUUUUAUU